AUGUCUUCUAAUCAAGCAGCUUUUAUGAGGGGCAAUGAUCAGUGUCCACUCAUUUUUGAAAUUAAGGGUAAUGAAAUAGUUCAGCAUCUAUUUGAUGAUUAGUCAAUAGAUCAUCGAUAUAACUCAUCAUAUGCAAUAGCAAAAGACUAAUUAUUGAUUAGAGUAGGUGGAUUUAGUGUUAUGAGGCAUAUGAGAAUGCCAACAUAAAAAGAAAUUGGGCCAAUGGGCCAUCGAGAUUAGGAUAUACAUUAUGACUCAACAGUAGAUAGCUAUAAUAUUAAUAAGAAAGGAUUUAAAAAUGGUCCGUAUUUUGGGUAAAUCAAUAAAUGUAGAUAAGACUGCUCAAUAUCCAUUUAGGGAAAACACUUAUAUAUUUAUGGAGGCUUUAAGUAUAGUAGCAAAAGUAAAAAAUUACUUUCUGUAAAGUCAAUCGAGAGCUAAGAUAUAAACAAUCCACAGAAGUUAUUUAAACUUAUCGAAAUAAAAAGAAUUUCACAGUUGGAUAAAAUCCAAUCAUUGAUUCCACUAGACUCUAGUUAAAUUUUGAUCUUUGGGUAAACAACCCAGGAAGUAAGGUCAAAAGGGAAAAUAGUUUCGUUAAAGGCAGAAUUCUAAUGCUUCACUGUUAAAAUAAAUGAUUAAGAAGAGGAGAAAAAGGAUGAUUAAGAAUUUAAAGUUAUCAGAGAAAUUCCAUGGUCGACUGCUAGUUUAUUUUAGAAGAAGUAUAAUAUUGAUGAAAUGCAAGCUUAUUCUAACUUUUAAGAUAUUAGAAUUAUUGAUAAAGAUGUAUAUCUUUCGAAUUCUUAUGGAUUAUGCAAAGUCUCUUUAGAUUAAUAGUUACUAACAUUUAUUGCUUGUCCUAAAAUUUGCAAAGAGAUAUAGACUAGUCAAUUGGAGCCUGAAUUUGGUUCUUCCAAGAGGGGUUCAGAAUACCCAUUUUUAGCAGUGAAGUAGACAGUUAGUGGAGCUAAGAAAGGAAAAAAGAAAUAAAAAUGA